GAGUUGGAGGGGCAGGACGCACAGAAAGAGAGCAACGCUCAGAGGGAACUUGGAAACUUGGAGAAGCUGCGGUGAGCCUGAAACACUCAGCAAGUGAAGUGCGUCUACUCAAGCCCCCAAGAAAAGAAGGGUUAACUAUUUUUGUACAACUGCUGUUUCAUCUCACUUGUGAAAAUGUCCGGUGGCCCUUUGGGCACGGCGCUGGCAGUGGCUUUGCUCGCCUGCGCUGUGCAGUGUAUGCCGAAAGCGACGGGUAAACAUAGGAGACAAGCUCGGGAACACUCGGUGUCAUCCGUAUCCCAAGAUGGCUGUGUUGAGAAUGAUCAGUUUUAUGGAGUUGGACAGCAGUGGGAGCGCAGUUAUCGGGGCAGCACUCUGCUUUGCACUUGUCACGGAGUCUCUGGUAUUAAGUGUAAAUCAAAGCCCGAAGCUGAGGAGACCUGCUAUGAUAAAAUAAAUGGCCGCUCCUAUCGAGUUGGAGAGACAUAUGAGAGGCCCAAAGAUGGGAUGAUCUGGGACUGCACUUGCAUUGGCUCUGGUCGAGGGAAAAUCAGUUGCACCAUUGCAAACCGCUGUCAUGAGGGAGGGCAAUCGUACAAGAUUGGAGACACCUGGAGGAGACCGCAUGACACUGGAGACUACAUGCUGGAGUGUGUCUGUUUAGGAAACGGGAAAGGAGAGUGGACCUGCAAAGCUGUUGCGGAGCGUUGUUAUGACAAUUCAGCUGGUACAUCCUAUGUGGUUGGUGAGACUUGGGAGAAACCCUACCAAGGCUGGAUGAUCGUGGACUGCACCUGUCUAGGGGAAGGAAAUGGACGCAUCACAUGCACAUCUAAAAACCGCUGUAAUGACCAGGAAAUGCGCACUUCUUACCGUAUCGGAGACACAUGGAGCAAAACAGAUUCUCAAGGGCAUGUGCUACAGUGUUUAUGUACUGGUAAUGGACGUGGCGAAUGGAAGUGUGAGAGACAUGUGUCAAUGCACUCUACUAGCCUGGGCACUGGGUCUCGAGUGAUUACCAAUGCACAGACUGCAGUAUUGCACCCAGUGGCAGUACCAGAGUACCCUGCAGAGGGAACCUGUCUGACAGACGGGGGUCUUUCCUACUUCCUAGGCAUGCGCUGGAUCAAGACCCAAGGCAGCAAACAGUUGUUGUGUACCUGCUUGGGUAACGGUGUAAGCUGUGAAGAUUGGGAGGGCCAGUCUCAGGUGUAUGGAGGUAGCUCGGAUGGCCAGCCUUGUGUGUUCCCUUUUGUGUUCAUGGGAAAAACGUUCUACUCCUGCACUUCUGAGGGCCGAAAUGAUGGACAGCUCUGGUGUAGCACCUCAUCUGACUUCGAGAAAGACUACAAGUACUCCUUAUGUACUGGGAAUAAUGUUUUGGUGGCAACCAGAGGAGGAAACUCAAAUGGUGCCUUGUGCCACAUCCCAUUCCUCUUCAAUGGCCGUAACUACACUGACUGCACUGAUGAUGGUAGAAGAGAUGGCAUGAAAUGGUGUGGCACCACGUAUGAAUAUGACAGAGAGCAGCGCUUUGGCUUUUGCCCCAUGGCAGCCCACGAGGAGGUGUGUACCACAAAUGAGGGUGUGAUGUAUCAUGUGGGUGAUCAGUGGGACAGACGCCACGAUGUUCUGGGUCACAUGAUGCGCUGUACAUGUGUGGGCAAUGGCCGUGGAGAAUGGAGCUGCGUCGCCUACUCGCAACUCAAAGACCAGUGCAUUGUGGAUAAUUUGACCUACGAAGUAAACCAGACUUUCACUAAAAGGCACAAUGAAGGCUACAUGAUGAACUGCACCUGUUUCGGUCAAGGCCGUGGACGCUGGAAGUGUGACGCUGUCGAUCACUGCCAGGAGCCGGAGACUAGGGUGUUCUAUCAGAUCGGAGAGUCUUGGGACAAAGUGAUUCAGGGAAUCCGCUACAGAUGUUACUGUUAUGGAAAUGGAGUUGGAGAGUUAAGAUGCGAGCCUCAACAAUCUUUCCCUGGUGGCAAUCGUCCAGUCCAGGUGCUUAUAACAGAAUCUGGCAACCAGCCCAACUCCCACCCCAUCCAAUGGAAUCCCCCAUCUUCUGCACACAUCACACAGUACAUACUCAAAUGGAGACAGAAAAACACACAUAGCCAAUGGAUGGAGGUCACUAUUCCUGGCCAUUUGAACUCUUAUACCAUCGCUGGACUGAAACCAGGAAUCACCUAUGAGGGUCAACUCAUCAGCAUCCUGCACUUUGGACGUAGAGAAGUCACUCGCUUUGACUUCACCACUACCUAUGGUUCAUUGGGAAUCGUUGAGGGAGAUACCACACAGCCCCCUCCUGUGGUGGACACUUCCGAAUCUGUGACUGAGAUCACCUCCAGCAGCUUUGUCAUCUCGUGGAUUUCUGCAUCAGACACAGUGUCAGGUUUCAGGGUGGAAUAUGAGCUGAGCGAAGAGGGAAGGCAGACUGGACAGCCCAUGGUCUUGGAUCUGCCUCAUACGGCUUCAUCAGUGAACAUCAGUGAGCUUCUCCCAGGCAGGAAGUACACAGUAAAUGUGUAUGAAGUGACCAACCAAGGGGAGCCUAAUCUUAUCCUUACCACUUCUCAGACCACAGCUCCUGAUGCCCCUUCUGACCAUGAAGUGGAGGAUGUGGGGAAGACCACCAUUGUUAUCCGCUGGUCUAAACCUCUGGCUCCCAUCACAGGUUACCGCGUGGUUUUCACACCAUCUGAAGAAGGUAGUUCUGGCAGCACUGAGCUGAAUCUACCCAAUACUGCCACUUCAGUGACCCUGGGUGAUCUUCGCCCUGGUCUGCUCUAUAACAUCAGUAUCUACUCAGUUGAAGAGAGUCUGGAGAGUGAGCCUAUAUUUGUUCAGGUCACCACUGCUGGGAAACCACUGACAGCUCCUGAUGCCCCUUCUGACUAUGAAGUGGAGGAUGUGCGAGAGUCCGCCAUUGUUAUCAGCUGGUCUAAACCUCUGGCUCCCAUCACGGGCUACCGUGUGGUUUACACACCAUCUGAAGAAGGUAGUUCUGGCAGCACUGAGCUGAAUCUACCCAAUACUGCCACCUCAGUGACCCUGGGUAAUCUUCGCCCUGGUCUGCUCUAUAACAUCAGUAUCUACUCGGUGGAAGAGAGUCUGGAGAGUGAGCCUAUAUUUGUUCAGGUUACCACUGCUGGGGAACCACUGACAGCUCCUGAUGCCCCUUCUGACUAUGAAGUGGAGGAUGUGGGGGAGACCGCCAUUUUUAUCAGCUGGUCUAAACCCCUGGCUCCCAUCACAGGCUACCGUGUGGUUUACACACCAUCUGAAGAAGGUAGUUCUGGAAGUACUGAGCUGAAUCUACCCAACACUGCCACCUCAGUGACAUUGGGUGACCUUCGCCCUGGUCUGCUCUAUAACAUCAGCAUUUACUCAGUGGAAGAGAGUCUGGAGAGUGUGCCUGUUUUUGUUCAGGUCACCACUGCUGGGGAACCACUGAAAGCUCCUGAUGCGCCUUCUGAUUUUGAAGUGGAGGAUGUGAGGGAGUCCGCCAUUGUUAUCAGCUGGUCUAAACCUCUGGCUCCCAUCACAGGCUACCGUUUGGUUUACAUACCAUCAGAAGAAGGUAGUUCUGGCAGCACUGAGCUGAAUCUACCCAACACUGCCACUUCAGUGACAUUGGGUGACCUUCGCCCUGGUCUGCUCUAUAACAUCAGCAUUUACUCUGUGGAAGAGAGUCUGGAGAGUGAGCCUAUAUUUGUUCAGGUCACCACUGCUGGGGAACCACUGAGAGCUCCUGAUGCUCCUUCUGAUUAUGAAGUGGAGGAUGUGCGGGAGUCCACCAUUGUUAUCAGCUGGUCUAAACCUCUGGCUCCCAUCACAGGCUACCGUGUGGUUUACAUACCAUCUGAAGAAGGUAGUUCUGGCAGCACUGAGCUGAAUCUACCCAACACUGCCACUUCAGUGACAUUGGGUGACCUUCGCCCUGGUCUGCUCUAUAACAUCAGCAUUUACUCAGUGGAAGAGAGUCUGGAGAGUGAGCCUAUAUUUGUUCAGGUCACCACUGCUGGGGAACCACUGAGAGCUCCUGAUGCUCCUUCUGAUUUUGAAGUGGAGGAUGUGCGGGAGUCCGCCAUUGUUAUCAGCUGGUCUAAACCUCUGGCUCCCAUCACAGGCUACCGUUUGGUUUACAUACCAUCUGAAGAAGGUAGUUCUGGCAGCACUGAGCUGAAUCUACCCAACACUGCCACUUCAGUGACAUUGGGUGACCUUCGCCCUGGUCUGCUCUAUAACAUCAGCAUUUACUCUGUGGAAGAGAGUCUGGAGAGUGAGCCUAUAUUUGUUCAGGUCACCACUGCUGGGGAACCACUGAGAGCUCCUGAUGCGCCUUCUGAUUUUGAAGUGGAGGAUGUGUGGGAGUCCGCCAUUGUUAUCAGCUGGUCUAAACCUCUGGCUCCCAUCACAGGCUACCGUUUGGUUUACAUACCAUCUGAAGAAGGUAGUUCUGGCAGCACUGAGCUGAAUCUACCCAACACUGCCACUUCAGUGACAUUGGGUGACCUUCGCCCUGGUCUGCUCUAUAACAUCAGCAUUUACUCUGUGGAAGAGAGUCUGGAGAGUGAGCCUAUAUUUGUUCAGGUCACCACUGCUGGGGAACCACUGAGAGCUCCUGAUGCUCCUUCUUAUUAUGAAGUGGAGGAUGUGCGGGAGUCCGCCAUUGUUAUCAGCUGGUCUAAACCUCUGGCUCCCAUCACAGGCUACCGUGUGGUUUACAGACCAUCUGAAGAAGGUAGUUCUGGCAGCACUGAGCUGAAUCUACCCAAUACUGCCACUUCAGUGACCCUGGGUGAUCUUCGCCCUGGUCUGCUCUAUAACAUCAGUAUCUACUCGGUGGAAGAGAGUCUGGAGAGUGAGCCGAUAUUUUUUCAGGUCACCACUGCUGGGGAACCACUGACAGCUCCUGAUGCCCCUUCUGACUAUGAAGUGGAGGAUGUGCGGGAGUCCGCCAUUGUUAUCAGCUGGUCUAAACCUCUGGCUCCUAUCACAGGCUAUCGUGUGGUUUACACACCAUCUGAAGAAGGUAGUUCUGGCAGCACUGAGCUGAAUCUACCCAACACUGCCACCUCAGUAACCCUGGGUAAUCUUCGCCCUGGUCUGCUCUAUAACAUCAGUAUCUACUCGGUGGAAGAGAGUCUGGAGAGUGAGCCUAUAUUUGUUCAGGUCACCACUGCUGGGAAACCACUGACAGCUCCUGAUGCCCCUUCUGACUAUGAAGUGGAGGAUGUGCGGGAGACAGCCAUUUUUAUCAGCUGGUCUAAACCUCUGGCUUCUAUCACAGGCUACCGUGUGGUUUACACACCAUCUGAAGAAGGUAGUUCUGGCAGCACUGAGCUGAAUCUACCCAAUACUGCCACUUCAGUGACCCUGGGUAAUCUUCGCCCUGGUCUGCUCUAUAACAUCAGUAUCUACUCGGUGGAAGAUAGUCUGGAGAGUGAGCCUGUAUUUAUUCAGGUUACCACUGCUGGGAAACCACUGACAGAGGAAGUCCCCUCUCCAACUGAUUUGCAGUUCUUUGAGGUAUCUGACUCUAAGAUCACCAUCACUUGGACCAGUCCAUCCACAGAGUUGUCUGGAUACCGUGUGUCUGUGGCUAAGUUAGGUUCAGACGGGCUGACAGAGAGAGACAUUCAGCUCCCAGUAACCCGCAACACCUACGCUGAGGCAACACACCUCCAGCCUGGAACCCUUUACCGUUUCUUCAUCUUUGCUCUCAAAUCAGAGGAGGAGAGCGAGCCACUGGUUGGAGAACAAGCUACAAAGCCUGAUUCACCCACCAAUAUCCACUUCACUAAUGUUGUUGAAGACAGUGCUAUGAUCAUCUGGUCCCCUCCAAGGGCUCAGAUCACAGGUUACAGGCUCUUCUUGACUGUUGAGGGCUUUAGCCCUAAACGGCUGCGUAUUCCUGCCCGCCUGUCUCAGUACACCCUCCUCAACUUGCAGCCUGAUACUGAGUACACUGCCACUCUGCAUGCAGAAAAAGGCAACGUGCUUAGCAAGGGGUCUUCUGCCACCUUCACCACAAUUCAGCCAAUAGGAAAUGCUCCCCAUUUCAGCACUAAUGUCACAGAUACUUCAAUCAUUAUAUCCUGGUCCCCUCUGUCUAGAACUGGAUACAAGUUGACCGUGAGGCCAAGCCAAGGUGGAGAAGCCCCUAGGGAUGUGAUCUCUGAGUCUGGUAAUGUUGUCAUCUCAGGUCUAACCCCUGGAGUUGAGUACACCUACAGCGUCCAGCCCAUCAUAAAUGGUUAUGAGCACGGCAAACCCAUCACACGACGUGUGGUCACUCCUCUUUCUCCACCUACUGAUCUGAAGUUGAAGUCCAACCCAAACACCGGAGAAGUGACUGUUCAAUGGAAUGAUGCCAAAAAUCAAGACAUCACUGGCUACAGAGUGACUUGCACCCCCACCAAAGGACAGCAUGGGAACUCAGUGGAGGAGUUUGUGAAGGCAGGACAGAAGUCAUGCACUUUAGAUAACCUGAGUCCAGGAGUGGAGUACAAUGUUAGUGUGUUUACAGUAAAGGAUGACAUGGAGAGCACCCCUGUAUCAACCAUCAUGAUGCCAGAUGUGCCCAAAAUAACUGACCUUCACUUUAUCAACAUUACUGACUCCACUAUCGGCCUUACCUGGAGUCCUCUUAACUCUACCAUUGUCACUGGCUACCGCGUCACUGUGUUGGCCGCUGGGGACAGUGUCCCGAUCUUUGUUGAAUUUGUGGAGCCCACAACAGGCUUUUACACUGUGCAUGGUUUAGAGCCCGGGAUCGAUUAUAACAUCACCAUCACAACAGUAACAGAAAAUGGAGAGAGUGAGCCCAUCACCAUCACCCAGCAAACAGCUGUCCCUGCUCCAUCUGGUCUGUCAUUUGGGGACGUGACCGCAGACAGUAUGCUGGUGACCUGGAAUGCCCCUAAGGUGCCCAAACCCUCUGAUAUUGACCGCUACAUCAUCCGCUACCACCCAGUUGAUGACGACGAUGACACCACUGAGCGCAUUCUGAAUGGAAAUUCAGAAUUUGUCGUUCUUCGCAAUCUCGUGCCCAAUACUGAGUACGUGGUGAGCGUGCUUUGUGUCUAUGAGGAGAGAGAGAGCUCCCCUGUAAUUGGCACUAAAAGAACUGUCCUUGAUGCUCCUGUCGGUUUGCAAUUCUCUGAUAUCGGUACCAACUCCUUCACCGUGCGCUGGCAGGCUCCACAGGCCGUUAUCUCAGGAUACCGUAUCCGCUAUCAAAUGACCAGUGGUGGGCGUUCUAAAGAUGAGAGACUGCCUCCAUCCAGGAGCCAUUUCACUCUCACAGGCCUGACCCCCGAGACCAAGUACAGCAUCAACAUCUAUGCCGUUAGCGGAUCCCGCGAGAGUCUGCCAUUGACUGGAACUCAGUCUACCAUCUCAGAUGCCCCAACUGAUCUGGAGGUUAUCUCCUCAACGCCAACCAGCAUUACCGUUCGCUGGGAUGCCCCCUCUGUCACUGUGAGGUACUACAGGAUCACACAUGGAGAGUCAGGAGGUUUUGACACUACUCAGGAAUUUACUGUCCCUGGCUCCCAGUCAACUGCCACCAUUGAGGGUCUGCGUCCAGGCACUGAUUACACCAUCACUGUUUACGCUGUGACCGGCAGAGGGGACAGCCCAGCCUCCAGCACGCCAAUCAAAGUUAAACACAGAACAGAUAUUGAGUCGCCAUCACAGAUGGAAGUGACUGACGUUAAAGACAACACAAUUACUGUGCGCUGGAGCCCAGCAGCAGGCCCCAUCUCAGGAUAUCGUGUCACAGGAAUGCCACUCAAUGGACAGGGACCUGCCUUCUCUGAAGUGGUGGCUCCAGACCAGACUGAAAUUAUUAUGUCUGGCUUGAUGCCGACAGCAAAGUACACAGUCAGUGUGUUUGCUCUGGGUCAGGAUGGAGAGCCCCCUCUGGUCGAAACUAUAGUCACAACGGUGGACAAACCCAAAGACCUAACCUUCAGUGACGUGGACUCAACCUCCAUGCGCAUCUCCUGGGAUAGUCCUGAUGGCAUGGUCUCCUCUUACAGAGUGUUGUACUACAGUCCAGAAGAGGGAGAGAGAGAGCUAUUCCCUGCCCCACGUGGAGAUGACGAGUCUGCGGUGCUUUAUAGUCUCAGACCAGGCACAGAAUACACAGUUAAAGUCAUUGCUCUGCAUGACCGGACACCCAGUCCUCCACUAGUGGGAACUCAGACAACAGCUAUUCCUGGGCCUACCAAUCUGCUCUUCUCCAAGGUGGGUCCAACUUCAUUCACUGUUUCCUGGUCUGCUUCCAACGUUAAGCUGACAGGUUACCGUGUCGCCAUCACCCCCAAAAGAAAGAGUGGCCCCACUAAAGAGGUCAUCGUUGCCCCGGACUCCACUGAGUUCCACGCCACUUCCCUCAUGGCUGGCACUGAUUAUGAAGUAGAGGUUUAUGGUGUGAAGAAUUCUCUUACCAGCCAUCGUGUCAAAGGCCAAGUCACUACACCUGACAACAUCAGCCCACCGCGACGUGUUCGUAUAUCCAAUGUGAAAGAGUCCUCCAUCACUCUCACUUGGCGCUCUAAGACAGAGACUAUCUCCGGCUUCCUGGUAGAAGCCACACCCAUCACUGGCAGCCAUAAUCCUAUUCAGAGGACAAUUGAACCUGAUUCACGCACCUACACGAUUACUGGUUUGCAGCCAGGAACCAUUUAUAAGAUCAAUAUCUAUACACUGAAUGGAAAUGCACGCAGUGAGCCUUUCACCCUUACAGCCACUACAGUAAAACCAGUAAUUAGCCCUCCUUCCAAUCUCCAAUUCACAUCUUUGACUCCUACCACAAUGUCCUUCACCUGGGAGCCUCCACGCAGCACCAUCACUGGAUAUUAUGUCACCUAUGGGGAGCCAGGGGACAUUCCCAAAGAGCUGACCCCUAGACCUCAGGCUGGCAGGACCUUUGCUUCCAUCUCUGGUUUGAAAUCAGACACUGAGUAUGUUAUCAAGAUCGUUGCAUUAAAUAAUGCUCAGAGAAGCACUCCGCUGCUUGGAAAGGCAAGAACUCAUAUGGAAAGUCACCAGCUGACCCCCCAGCUCCCCGAUCCCAGUCGACCACACAUUGAUGUCCUGGAUGUGCCAGAGAACAAUGACCACUUCAACAAUCAUGUGCAUAUGCUGGGUCCAAACAGACACAACACACUGGGGCAGCAGGGCAAGCACAUCUACACUGAAUAUCAGAGCCUCAGCCUGGGCAACAACGGCCAGCAGCCCCACCCCCCAAACCACAGAGAGCCCCUGGUGUACAUUCCCAUGCCAGGAGCAGAUGGACAGAGAGUGCCAGUGGUGAAGGUGAAUGAGGGCCCUGAACCUGGCUUCCCCUUCAGAGACCUUUACAAUGAGACAAACCUGCCCCAGGAAUCUCAGACCCAGACCACAAUUAUAUGGCAACCAGUGCCGCACACUUCUGAGUAUGUGGUGUCAUGCAGUCCUGUUACAGAGGUCAAUGAGAAGAGCUUCCAGAUGCGUCUGCCUGGAACUGCUACUAGUGCAACACUGAUCGGUCUCACUUCUGGUGCCUCUUACAAUGUUGUUGUGGAGUCUGUCAGUAGAGACCAAAAAGAGAAAGUCCUAGAAGAUGUUGUGACUGUCGGAAACAGUGUUCCAGGGUCUGGAGUGAUCCCCACAGCCAGGGAUAUAUGCCAUGACACAUUCACUGCCACCUACCAUGAGGUGGGCACGGAGUGGGAGCGUAUGUCGGAUACAGGAUUUAAACUGUGGUGCAAGUGUCUUGGUCUCGGCAGUGGCCAUUUCAGAUGUGAUUCAUCCAAGUGGUGCAAUGACAAUGGCCACAACUACAGAAUUGGCGAGAAGUGGGACCGCCAUGCUGAGAAUGGUCACAUGAUGAGCUGCACCUGCCUGGGCAAUGGGAAAGGAGAGUUCAAGUGUGAACCCCAUGAGUCCACGUGUUAUGAUGAGGGGAAGUUGUACCAGGUUGGGAACCAAUGGCAGAAGGAGUAUCUUGGAGCCAUCUGCACUUGUACUUGUUAUGGAGGACAACAGGGCUGGCGUUGUGAGAACUGCCAUCGGCCUGGUGCUGAAGUUGACAUGGACCUCAUUCAGCCUCCAGUGCACACGGAUGCUUUCAACCGCUACAGAGAGAAUGCCCUACGUAAACUUAACAUCCAAUGUCCCAUUGAGUGCCUCAGACCAGACCUGUUAGCAGAUGCUCAGAGCCCAGAAUAAAUGUGUAUAUCAGUUUUCCCCUAAUAUUGGUGAGGUCACGCCCCCCAGAGACUGUACUUCGCUCCGUCAGCGUUUCUCCAUCCUAAUAUUACCCACACGGCAAACUCUGUCCUGCUGCUUCCACCCACCGCCCACCUGUGACAUCACGCCUGGAGACAAAACUUCUCACUCUUCUGAUUGGUUGAGUCCUCAGACAAUCAAUUGAUUGCUUCUUCAUGUCUUUCCAUAUAAAGGAGAGUCACCAUUCUUAUAAAUCAAAAUUCCACUGAUUUGUUUCAAUUCCAAAGUCUUGCUGAAGAUCUAUACAACUGCACAUAAUUGCCACAUUCUAGGUCAGCUUUAAACUCAUAUCAGUGGAACAUCUACAGAGAAUCAACACAUCUCACAUCUCAGUAUUAUUGCCUUUUGUCUGUUAACAAUGUGUUUAAUGAUUUUGUGACUUUUUUUGUCGGUGAUCAAAACGUUUAUUGGUGUUCUUUUCUAAAACAAGCACUGUCUCACAAUGAAAACCUUUGUGCCUUGUAGGCACCUUUUUGUAGUAUGAUGUAAUUUCCACCCCUUUUUAAUCUGAUUGGUUGGUUUAAAUCUGUGGCCUCUGUGUCUUUCAGGAGACAAAGGAAAGCACUGUGUUAAUGAAGAAGUAAACAUUUGUUUGCUAUUUUUAUUUAUCCAUUUUUAUGUAUGCAUUUUUAUGGAAUGCUGAUUAUGGGUGUGUACUGUUUUUAUGUUUGUGUUUUUUUUUAGGUGCCAAAGUCUUAACUACUGUGGACAAAAAUACUUUAUAAUAAAAUGUUUUCCAAA